AUGAGUAAUCACAGCCAGCAGUUACCACAUGUUAAUUCUUCCCCUCCUAUUGGUACAAUGAUCCCAACUCCUGGAUUUCAACAAACUGGUAAUUCAAGCUUGUCCGGGACUUCAUCCGUGGAUAGUUCCCUCGCUGCCAUGAAUAACUCUAACUCAAUCGCUUCAUCAGCCGUCAGUUCUGGUGGCUUCGUACCAAUGCGGAACUUGUCUGCUGGAAGUGUGCACUGUGAUUCCUUCAGUUUAUCCAAUGGUAAUUUUGCUACCGGAUAUCAGCAAUCAUCCAAUGCCUUCGUAUCCAAUAACGGUGUAAAUAGAAUGAUAGCAUCCAUGAGUGCACAGAGAAUGACGACCCAAAUGAUCCCUACUCCUGGAAUCAACAAUUCUACUAGUAAUGAUGUACAUAUGAAUGUUAAGGUAGAGUCCACUAGUGGUGGUGCAUGUCCCACAGUUGAGUCUACUAGCGCAUCACAGGUUAUGCUGCAAAAGCAGAAUGCCAGAAGUCAAAAUAGUCGGAUAUUGCAUAAUAUUGGUGGGCAAAUGGGUGGUGGAGUCAGAUCUACAUUGCAGCAAAAAUCCUCGGGAUUAUCAGAUAGGCCUGUGAUUGGAGGGUCUGGAAUGGCGGGGCAUGUCACCGGGACAGUGUGUGGGACCUCUACAAAACCAUUGCACCAACCUUUCGACCAAUAUCAACGACCGGGAAUGAAUGGUGACAGAAUUGGAACUUCUGAUGCUUCAGUGUCUGCUAAUAUGACCUCUGUUGAGUCGAUGAUGAACAAUCAUAGCUUGAAUUCAGGAUACAUGCAAUCCAUGCCUAUGGAAAGCUCUCAAAUGAUGACUAGCCGUCGGUCAAAUGCAUACUCUACUCAACAGUCAGCAACCAUUGAUUAUCAAUCAACUCAACAUCCAGAGAAUAUGAAUUUCCAACCACAGCACCUCCAGAACCCACAAGUUCAACAUUCAUCCCAUCAUUCAAUUCAGCACCGGCAAGUUGCUCAGAGUCAAUCUCAACAGAAGAACCAAACGCUAAACCAGCUGCUGAUGAAGUGUGAUUCUGCCAGUCAACCCCAGGUAGCUUCCGAAGUUAAGCCUUUGAUUAAGACAGAGCUUCUUGACGAUAGUCAACUGUCAAACCCCUUCCAUUUACCUGGCAUGAGAAAUCAGUUCCAACAUAGCUCUCUGGAAGACCUUCCUGGGGCUCCUCAGCUUUUGUCACAGCCAUCUGGUCAUCCUCAACAAAUUGGUGCUAACCCUCAACAUGAUUUUACCCUUUCCGAUAGCAUUAAGCCAGAUGAAUCAACAUAUCAAGGUGUUCUCAAUCAAGUCAACAACAGAAUAAUCGGGCAAGAUUUAGCUCAACCUAAUAAAUUAUCAUCAGAAGAAUCAGUGAUUGGUCGACCCGACUCUUCCCAAUUGGGAGAAGGUAGAUCCAACAACAUUACCCGUGAAAAGCAGUUCAAGAACCAACAGAGAUGGCUGUUAUUUCUGAGGCAUGCCCGUCGGUGCCCGGCUCCAGAAGGGAAAUGCUCCGACUCCAACUGCUUCACCGUUCAGAAGCUGUUGAAACACAUGGAAAAUUGUAAUAUUUUCCAGUGUAUGUACCCCCGUUGCCGAGCUACGAGAGUUUUGGUCAAUCAUCAUAGACGCUGUAGGGAUGAGAGCUGCCCUGUUUGCAUUCCCGUUAAGAGUUUCGUGCAGGCGCAACUGAAGCAGCUUGCCCGUUCUGAUUUUAAUCCCGUGAUGCCUAGUUCGGUUGAUGGCUCUUUUGAUCCUCACGAUACUGCUGAAAUUGGGGGAAGAUCAACUGCAGACACUGGCCCGGUUAUUACUGAAGUUCCGGAAGAGUUGCAACCUCCGACUAAACGCACCAAAUUAGAACAAGGCUCCCAAUUUCUUGUCUCCAAGAGUGAAUGUUCUGUUGCAAUGAAUUCUCAUCAUAUGGAGCAGCACCAUGAUUCACUACCUCCUUUGAGAUCUGAAAUUGCAGAAGUAAAAAUGGAGAUUCCUGGAAGCACGGGACAUAUAAAUCCCAAAGAUAUCGAGAUGAUAAAGGAGACGAAAGAAGAAGUUUGCAUCCGCAGUGCAGAAGUUGAUCCUGUAGCACCAAAUAACCCUGAUGGAGUUGGUGUUCAGGAGGACGUUAAGACAGAAAAUGAGAUGGAUCGGAGUAAGAUGGAAAUUACUUCCGUACAAUCUGAGAAUGCAGCCAAGUCGGGGAAGCCGAAGAUAAAGGGGGUAUCAAUGAUUGAAUUGUUCACCCCUGAACAAGUUCGUCAGCACAUUACGGGUCUUAGACAGUGGAUAGGCCAGAGUAGAGCAAAGGCCGAAAGAAAUCAAGCAAUGGAGCAUUCGAUGAAUGAAAAUUCUUGCCAGUUGUGUGCAGUAGAGAAGCUUACGUUUGAACCUCCUCCUAUAUAUUGUACUCCUUGUGGGGCACGUAUCAAAAGAAAUGCACCGUAUUACACUGUUGGAGCUGGGGAAACUCGUCAUUGCUUCUGUAUUCCAUGCUACAAUGAUUCUCGCGGAGACACCAUCGUGGUAGAUGGAUCUACUAUUCCCAAGUCAAAGGUGGAGAGGAAGAAAAAUGAUGAGGAGACUGAAGAAUGGUGGGUCCAAUGUGACAAGUGUGAGGCUUGGCAACAUCAAAUAUGUGCGUUAUUUAAUGGUAGAAGAAACGAUGGUGGACAAGCUGAGUAUACUUGUCCGAAUUGUUAUGUAGAAGAAGUUGAGAGAGGCGAACGCAUGCCAUUACCACAUAGUGCUGUUCUUGGAGCGAAGGAUUUGCCCAGAACAAAUCUCAGUGAUCACUUAGAGCAGCGAUUAUUUGCGAAGCUGAAGCAAGAGAGGCAAGACAGAGCGAGGCUUCAGGGCAAAAAUAUUGAGGAGGUUCCCGGAGCUGAAGCACUUGUUGUACGAGUUGUAUCAUCAGUCGACAAAAAAUUGGAUGUUAAACCGCGUUUUCUUGAAAUUUUCCGAGAAGAAAAUUAUCCGACAGAGUUUCAAUACAAAUCUAAGGUGGUACUAUUAUUUCAAAGAAUUGAAGGUGUUGAAGUAUGCUUGUUUGGCAUGUACGUGCAAGAAUUUGGAACCGACUGUCAGCAGCCAAAUCGCCGCAGAGUGUACCUCUCGUACCUGGACUCCGUCAAAUAUUUCAGACCAGAGAUCAAAGCAGUCACAGGGGAGGCUCUUAGAACAUUCGUGUACCACGAAAUUUUGAUUGGUUAUUUGGAAUAUUGCAAAAUGCGUGGCUUCACAAGCUGCUACAUAUGGGCUUGCCCUCCACUGAAGGGUGAAGACUACAUCUUAUACUGCCACCCAGAAAUUCAGAAGACACCAAAAUCUGAUAAACUUAGGGAGUGGUAUUUGUCCAUGUUACGAAAAGCCUCAAAGGAAAGUGUUGUAGUUGAGCUGACUAAUCUAUACGAGCAUUUCUUUGUCUCUACCGGUGAAUGCAAAGCAAAGGUGACUGCAGCUCGGUUGCCGUACUUUGAUGGAGAUUAUUGGCCUGGUGCUGCUGAGGACAUUAUCUGUCAACUGCAACAAGAAGAGGACGGGCGUAAACCGCACAAAAAGGGAACUAUCAAAAAGAGCAUCACAAAAAGAGCUCUAAAGGCAUCUGGUCAAACUGAUCUCUCAGGAAAUGCAUCCAAAGAUCUGAUGUUAAUGCACAAACUUGGCGAGACCAUCUCCCCAAUGAAGGAAGACUUUAUCAUGGUUCACUUGCAACACUCGUGCUCACACUGUUGCAUUCUAAUGAUUGCUGGGAAUCGUUGGGUGUGCAGGCAAUGCAAAAAAUUUCAACUCUGUGACAAGUGCAAUGAAGUUGAGCAAAAGCGCGAUGACAGAGAGAGACAUCCUAUUAACUAUAAGGACAAGCACACCCUUUAUCCUGUGGAGAUCACUGGAAUUCCUGACGAAACUAAGGACAAUGAGGUCCUUGAGAGCGAAUUCUUUGACACGAGGCAGGCUUUCCUCAGCCUCUGUCAAGGUAACCACUACCAAUACGAUACCUUACGGCGAGCCAAGCACUCGUCAAUGAUGGUCCUCUACCACCUCCACAACCCUACAGCCCCAGCUUUUGUGUCUACAUGUGCUGUGUGCCACCUGGACAUAGAAGCGGGCCAGGGGUGGCGGUGUGACACGUGUCCAGAUUAUGACGUGUGUGGCGCUUGCUACCGCAAGGAUGGGGGAGUUGACCAUCCUCAUCCUUUGACCAGUUGCCAGUCGAGCGAUCAUGACGCGCAGAACAAAGAAGCCAGGCAGUUACGGGUUACACAGCUGAGGAAAAUGCUUGAUCUUCUGGUGCAUGCUUCUCAAUGUCGGUCUCCACAUUGCCAGUAUCCAAACUGUAGGAAGGUUAAGGGACUUUUCCGCCACGGUAUGGGUUGCAAGACUCGUGCUUCGGGUGGUUGUCCUUUGUGCAAGAAGAUGUGGUACCUCCUGCAGCUGCAUGCUCGGGCAUGCAAAGAAACAGAGUGCACUGUACCUCGUUGCAGAGACUUGAAGGAUCACAUGAGAAGGCUACAACAACAAUCGGAUUCACGAAGAAGGGCUGCUGUAAAUGAAAUGAUGAGGCAACGAGCUGCGGAGGUUGCCAGCAAUUCUUGA